ACUAGUGCCUCUCUCCCAAUUUAAAUAGAGGUGCCAUAAGAAUCCCAAGAAGCAACAAUACAUAAAAAAACUAGGGAGAGAGAGAGAGAUGCAUAGGUUCAGCAACACAGUGAUUGGGUUCUUGAACUUGUUUACACUUCUAGCAUCCAUACCCAUAAUUGGAGCAGGUUUAUGGAUGGCAAGGAGCAGCACAACCUGUGAAAAUUUUCUCCAAACACCACUUUUGGUGAUUGGUUUUGUUGUGCUUGUGGUAUCAUUAUCAGGCUUCAUUGGUGCUUGUUUUCAUGUGGCAUGUGCACUCUGGUUGUACUUGGUGGUCAUGUUGUUCCUCAUAGCAGCACUUCUGGGGUUGACUGUGUUUGGUUUUGGUGUGACUAGCAAGGGUGGUGGUGUGGAAGUGCCUGGUAGAGUUUACAAGGAGUAUCGUCUUCAGGAUUAUUCACCAUGGCUGCAGAAGAGAGUGAAUGAUCCUCGCUAUUGGAACACUAUCAGGAGCUGUAUUUUGGGCUCUAAGACUUGUGAAAAACUUGCUUCUUGGACUCCUCUGGAUUAUAUGCAGAGGGAUAUGUCUCCAAUACAGUCUGGAUGUUGUAAGCCACCAACUGCUUGCACUUACAACAUGGAGUCAACAAUGAUGAGCCAAGACCCUGAUUGCUACAAGUGGAACAAUGAUCCUACUUUGCUCUGCUAUGAGUGUGAUUCCUGCAAAGCUGGUGUGCUUGAAGACAUAAGAAGGAACUGGCAUAAGCUCUCUGUUCUCACUGUCUCCAUGCUUGUGCUUCUCAUAGGGAUUUAUUCCAUUGGGUGCUGUGCUUUCAGAAAUGCAAGAAGGGCUGAAACAGAUUAUCCAUAUGGCGAGAACCGGAUGACCAAAGUCCGACCCAGAUGGGAUUACCACUGGUGGAGGUGGUUGCAUAACAGGAGAGAACAACUUUAUUAGUCAGCAAAUAAUCUCUACCAUCCAUUCAUGCAUUGAUGCUGCAUUGAUGGUUCAAUUCACUAGUUUCUCUGUAAAUGGGCAUAGAAGGUCUCAAGCACUUUGUUUCUACCAGCUUCCUAAGUGGAUGCUUUUUGUACAGAGCUUGAUGAAGAAACAACAGGGAAACGUGUGGGUUAAAGUCCAGCCCAACCAAAAACACUAAUGGCUUUGUCUGUUUGUUUUCAAAGUAGCAAUCAAUGAUUGAUUUUCAUAUGCUCUAUAAGCCAUAACAGGGAUCAAAUUUUGAUCCACUCCAUUAUUAUUUCAUUACUGUCCAGCCUUACAGGCAGUGAAUUGAAGGUUGCUUGAUUUCUAGCUAGUCAACCAUACAUCUAGUAGAACUUAUAGGAUAAAUAUUAACCACUAGUGCUUUUUUACCCGCGCGUUGUACGGGGAAUAUAUCUAUUGUAUUUGAUACAUC